AAGCUGGGUCUCGGGGAGGAUGGACUGAGCACCAGUACUUGUAGACCCGGGCGAAAGAGGAGGCUGGGGGGUCCUGGACCUUUGGUUCUGGGGAAGGGGACUGAGAUCCCGGAUUCCUGAGUCUGAGAGAAGAAGCUGGGUGCUGGGAGCCCGGACUCCUGGGUCUAUGGAAGGAAGAGCUGGAGGCCACGUCGCCAUGCCUUCCUCCGGGCCCCGCGCUGUCUUCCUCCUGCUACCGCUGCUGCUGCUGAGUGUUGUUUUGGCGGUGCCCCUGGAGCGAGGGACGCCCCAGCAGGAGACCCCUGCGACCGAGAGCCCCGACACAGGCCUGUACUACCAUCGGUACCUCCAGGAAGUCAUCAACGUGCUGGAGACGGAUGGGCAUUUCCGCGAGAAGCUGCAGGCUGCCAACGCAGAGGACAUCAAGAGCGGAAAGCUGAGCCGAGAGCUGGACUUUGUCAGUCAUCAUGUGCGCACCAAGCUGGACGAGCUGAAGCGGCAAGAGGUGUCGCGGCUGCGAAUGCUGCUCAAGGCCAAGAUGGAUGCUGAGCAGGAGCCCAGUGUGCAGCUGGAUCACCUGAGCCUCCUGAAGCAGUUUGAGCACCUGGACCCCCAGAAUCAGCACACGUUCGAGGCUCGGGACCUGGAGCUGCUCAUUCAGACGGCCACCCGAGACCUUGCCCAGUACGACGCAGCCCAUCACGAAGAGUUCAAACGCUACGAGAUGCUCAAGGAACAUGAGAGACGCCGUUAUCUGGAGUCACUGGGAGAGGAACAGCGAAAGGAGGCAGAGAGGAAGCUGGAAGAGCAACAGCGGCGGCAUCGAGAGCACCCCAAAGUCAAUGUACCUGGCAGCCAAGCCCAGUUGAAGGAGGUGUGGGAGGAGCUGGAUGGAUUGGACCCCAACAGGUUUAACCCCAAGACCUUCUUCAUACUGCAUGAUAUCAACAGCGAUGGUGUCCUGGAUGAGCAGGAGCUGGAGGCCCUCUUCACCAAGGAGCUGGAGAAGGUGUAUGAUCCCAAGAAUGAAGAAGACGACAUGCGGGAGAUGGAGGAGGAGCGGCUUCGCAUGAGGGAGCACGUGAUGAAGAACGUGGACACCAACCAGGACCGCCUCGUGACCCUGGAGGAGUUCCUCACAUCUACCCAGAGGAAGGAGUUUGGGGACACCGGCGAGGGCUGGGAGACAGUGGAGAUGCACCCUGCCUACACGGAGGAGGAACUGAGGCGUUUUGAGGAGGAGCUGGCGGCCCGGGAGGCAGAGCUAAACGCCAAGGCUCAGCGCCUCAGCCAGGAGACGGAGGCCCUAGGGCGCUCCCAGGGCCGCCUGGAGGCCCAGAAGAGAGAGCUGCAGCAGGCCGUGCUGCAAAUGGAACAAAGGAAACAGCAGCAGCAGAGCCACAGUGGCCCAGCCCCCGGCCCCGAGGGACAGCUCAAGUUCCACCCGGACACAGAUGAUGCGCCUGUCCCAGCUCCAGCCGGUGACCAGAAGGACGGGGACACUUCAGAGAAGAAGGUUCCUGAUCAGCGCCCUGAGCUGCCCCAGUUGAAUACCCAACACCUGUGAUCCUCCUGGGACACCCCCCCCCCCCCCCCCCCCCCCCCCCGCCCAGCCGCACCCCCGAUACAUACACUCUGGGUUCCUGACGGGAAGGAGAUGAGGAGUCUCAGUCCACCCCCUCUGGGGGCCAGUCCCAUGCGGUGGCCUCCUGGGGGAGGGGAGGGCAGGGCGCCCACAUCUGUCACCUCCGCCUCCACAGCCUCCCAGUCUGCGGCCACUUCUUGCCCGUCCCCUCCGAGGACUUACCUUCUCAGCUCUGUUCGGGGCCCUCACUGGGCCACCCUAACUUAGGGAAGCCCUCUCCCUCCAGGAAGGGUGUGCUUCGGGCCUGCCUCCCUAGACGGUAAGGCCUCAGCUGCGCAGGUUGGGGCCUCUGUGUCCCCACAGCUGCUGGAAUUCUGCCUGCUGCCCAGCUUCUGUUGGUUUGCGAGGCUUGGGUGGUCCUUCGAGAGCUUUCCCUACCUUCCCCUUGCUGGGGUGUGAAAGCAGCAGAGUGCUCAGCCUAGCUGAUUCGCUGGUAACUAGGACCCUGGUCUUCCAGUUGCCAUGGCCUGGCCUCCGCUGGGCUCCUUGCCCCUCCCCCCCACAGUCCCAGAAGGGCCCUGGAUCCAACCCUGCCCCAGGGUCAGGUUCCAGGCCCUCAGCCUCCUGUGGGGGGCCUCACCCUUUCUGGCCUUCUCUCCUACAUCUCCCAGGUCUGCUCUCUCCUCCCGUUCCAUCCAAAUACAAUUUCUGGAACAAUCUA